UCAGAGUUUCGAGCAAGAAAGAAAUCCAACGCCAGUUUCCAAAUUCCGUUGCCACACAGUUUAACAUCUUCAACCUAAAACUACUUAAUUACCCUCCUUCAAAAUGUCUAACCUUUUCAGAACUGAUUCUUCUUUCAUUAGAUUACUCCCUCGUCCUCGCUGCAUCGCGCUUGAACUCGUCUUACUCGCUCAUGAAUGAUUUGAUCAUACGGCGUUCUUGCGGUCUAGCAAAAAGAAACAAAGAAAAGAGAAAUUCGACAUCGAGCGGCCAACAGGAGCGGUUAAGAGGUUAGGACGGCUCGUUGGUGGGGUUAGGUGGAUUUUUCAAAUGGUAUAUCAUGCUUUGCAAUUCAUUGAGAGAUCGACUUCGGCCAUGUCUUCGUGAUUAUGAUAGGCUUCAGUCUUUCGCCGUCAUUCUCAUUUAUAUUCAGAUCGGGUGCGCAUUGAUUGGAUCCCUAGGGGCAUUAUACAAUGGUGUUUUGCUUAUAAAUUUGGCAAUCGCAUUGUUCGCUUUGGUAGCCAUAGAGAGCAGCAGUCAGAGUCUUGGUCGUACAUAUGCUGUUCUCCUCUUCUCUGCCAUUUUCCUCGACGUCUUCUGGUUUAUUCUUUUCGCCUACGACACAUGGAACAUCUCAUCCGAGCAAUAUGGACCCCUUUUUACCUUUUCAGUGAAGCUUACUCUGGCAAUGCAGAUUAUUGGGUUUUCUGUUAGGCUAUCAUCUUCUCUACUGUGGAUUCAAAUUUACAGGUUGGGGAUUUCAUACAUGGAAACUUCAGUUCCCCGAGAGGCAGACUACGAUCUGAGAAAUAGUUUUCUUAGCCCGGCUACUCCUGUUGUAGUUAGACAACCAUCAGGUUCUGAUGACAUGAUUGGGGGCUCUAUCUAUGAUCCAACUUACUACUCGUCCCUCUUUGAAGAUGGUCAAGAUAGUAAAUGUUUGUCUGGGAUCUCUCAUUUUGGUAAUGGUGAUAAUGGUUCUACCUCUGGGCCAGAUGUAUCUCGAUCAAAGCUGUCCAGACAUUUCCAAGUAGCAGACGGUUACAGACAGAAACAUCAGCAGAAACAAAAGGCAAUAACCAACAAGGAAGGAUUCAAGCCCGCACACCACCUCCCUCAUUAGACCAUGCUCAAGAAGCUAAGUUAUGAGCCACUUGAUUUACAGAUCUAGAGACAAAAUCGAAAGAACUAGCAUUGAUUAAUAGCAUCAGGCUCUUCAUUUCUUCUAAAAUUGCUUCAAGAAAGGACAAGACCAAUCUGUUUUUGUUAAUUGUAUUGACAAGAACCUCAGCAUCAGCUUCAACCCACACAUCCGUCAGCCCUCAUUGCUUCGCCAACUUCAAGUCUUGAAGAAGUGCAAGGGGCUCCGCCACUACUGACUCCAGCCAGUAGGGGAGGAAAGUUGAUGUGACCCAUUCGAAUUGUAAAUGACAGUCCCCAGCCCCACCUUAUUUGAAGGACUGCAUGCCACGUCAAUAUUGAGCUUGAAAUUUCCAGUGGUUGGAGGACACCAAUGCAAAACGCUCUCCUUUCCACCACUCUCAUUUUGCAAGUCACCACGGACUGAUGAAGGAGAGGUCAAAAGCAGCUCCCUCACACAAAAUUCUCUAAUGUAGUUAGGAACCUCCACCUGAAUAUCAAUCUCAGCAAUAGAUUGGCCAUCCUCCUAUUUCGUCGCUCUACAGAGCCCAGGAACCCUCACAGAAACACAAUUCCAUCCUUAUAACUUGUCAGUUGGGGCAUAUGCCCCUUGGAUCGAGCAUUGAAUCCCCUAGAAAUAUUUUUAGCUUCAACGAAGUUACAAAUUUCCUCCAAAAUUUUUUAGCUCUAGUAGAACAUGUUCUCCCGUCACCUUUUUGACAAACCAAUUAUUAUUUGUUGGAAGAAUAUUGUGAAACAACCGCCAGAUGCUUUAAUCUUCGUUGGGAUAGGCUGCUUUCUAAGCGAAUUCCACCAUUUCCCAUAACUCUCCCCAUUAGAACUAGAACCUAACAAUGCUUGUGACAUGAAAAGUUUAUAAUCACUCUUUGUAGAAAGAUCCCAUUUUCUGAGUAAUGCCUUAUCCGCUGAUCCUUGCAUUCUGUUUGAAUCGACCGAAUCACGUUAAUGUCGUCCUCCUAAAACACCUCAGAUAAUAUGGAUAGAGUCCAUCUACCCUCCUCAUCAAUCAAGAUAAUUUACUGUCCUAUCAAUCCAACCUGGAUUAGGAGACAUUAUAGUCUUAAAAUAACAUUCUCUUGGAAGCCAGGAAGAUCGAAACAUCAAGGUAUCCACUCUGCCCCCUCCCCCCUGGAGGGUUUAUUUCCAAAUUAGCAUCCAGAACAUUAGACCUAGGAUAGUACUUGCCUUUAGAAGUCAAGGCUGCAAGAGAUUAUGGUCAAGAGAGUGAUAAAACCCAAAUACAUUGAAAGAUAAACGAUAUACGAAAUAUGUUGGAAUGCAGUCAGUCUUAUGUUGGAACGCAGUCAAAGUCUUAUUGGCUGAUUUGUGGUUUGAAAGAAACCAAAGGACUUUUCACAACAAAUCUCUCGGUUGGUUUGAUCAUUUUGAAAAUGCUCACCGUGAUGCCUCCUCGUGGUGCACUCUUUCUAAGGAAUUCGACAUGUACAGCAUCUCUGAUUUAAAUCUGAAUUGGGGUGCUUUCAUUUCAGCAAUCUAAUCAAGGCUCAAAGUUUUUUGGUCUCCUACCUUACUUAUGGGUGCUUUGGGACAGUCCAGAUUUGGUGUAUUAGAUCUUGGAUUAUGGUUCUUUUGAUUUGCUAGCAGAGGCUUUCAUUUGCCCUCAUUUUAUAUGUUCUUAUAGUUUGUACGAAUAUGAUGAGGAUGCUAAAAGAGUCUCAACCGGGGUGUUAAUAGUUGAGAUGUCAGGAUGCGUCUAUUGAUCCCUAGGUUCUUAUGCUCGUUGUAUAAUCUUCUUGUACUUAGAGCUUUUGUCUCAUUAUUAAUAUUAAUAAAAUAGACUCAUUUCCUUUUAAAUAAGAAAAUGAUUAACCUAAUAUUGAGAUAAUUCUCAAGCCCUACUCAAUAUACCAAAUAUUGCUUAUCUUCUCCAUUCCCCUCUCCCUCUAUUUAUAACCAGCUUCCUGUUGGAACUCCAACUCAAUUGGUAAAUGCUAUCUUUAUUGAUUUACUUUUAGUACAAGAAUAGGAUUGAUGAAGAAUCAAUCCUUGAUUACAAUGAAUAAUUCUGAUCUUCUCUCAACCAGAAGAACACAGAAUUUGUCUCACAAUUUCCCUCCAAAAACAUGUCUACCCUUCCCUCACACGACACUGUCUAUAUAACAUCUUUUCCCGCCCAAAAGACAACUGUCAUCCCACCUAUUUUUCCCGCCCACCGACCUAUUUAAACCACACGUGUUCUUUUAAUUGUUUCCUUCUAUCUAUUUCCUCACGUGCUCCUUAACUAACAAGGUCUACUUCUUCCUUCUACUAUACACUUGCCUAAUAAGGGGUCUAACACUUCCCUAAAAAAACUAGUUAACCAAUUACUAAGAUAUCCCUGAUAUCUCUCUAAUCCCGUUCUUAACAGAGAGGAGUCUCUACACUUGUUUGGCAAAAAGAUACUUGUUGAAGCCUUUCAGACUCUGAAAUCCCAAACCCCCUUUUUCUUUGGGCAACACAGCCUCAUACACCUCAUCCAAUGAAUUUUGAACCACUUUGAGAAGGCCCUUGUCGAAAUCGUGCCAUACUUUGGCAUAAGUCCUCAUAUAAACGCUUCGGAUGCUGCAUACAAGACAGUUUAAGGAAUCGCUUGGGCCACAUUUCUAACAAGGAUUUUGGUUGUGGAUUUUUUUCGUUUUGUUGCAAUGCGCGUCUAAAACUUGGUUGUUGUUUGGUUUUAUGCUUAAUUAUGCAUUGAAAAAUUCGUUCAUGAAUGAUCAUGAAUGGUUCUAAUAAUGCGACAAAUUAGGCAUCUAGGUUAGGGUUACGUAAUAAAGAUGCAUGCCCUACCUAUGUGUUAGUAAAUUUAUGAUGAUCAACCUUUAGUACAAGUUUUCCUCAUGCUUGCCUAAGUGUAAGAGAGGCGAGAGGUGAGAGGUUUCCUGGGUAAGCCAUGAUCGAACACAGGGAAUUUCUAUCAAAACUUAGUUAUAAAGUUUACUUCUAAACCAAACCAGGCGGUAUAAAUUCUAUAUAGUAUAAGUGUUAAAUUAUAAUGAUUAUGGGAAGUGAACAAACAUGCAUUAAGAAAGAUGAAGGAAAGUUUCUGCAUUAUAGACGAUUUAAAUGCGAGAUACAGUUCAAUGUGAUAUAGAUAAUUUGAUCAUCUUAUAGUUAAGGCGAGCAACCUCUUGGCACCUAUAUACCACACUUCUCCUUUCGGGACACAAAUGAUUGGAGGCAAAACGCCAGAACGAAGUUUGUUUCCAAACUCCCUUAUGUGCGUGUUUAGCUAGGUCUUUGUUACUUACUCUCUUGAGCAGUUGGCGACAAGCGCUGGCCAAGCGAUGAGUUAAGCUCAGGCUAAACACGGUGAAUCUUAUACUUAAAAACUCUUAUCGAACAUGUGAUACAUAGUUAAACUACUUAUAACACUUCAACAAGAUGAAUAGGAAAGAAAUGAGAGAAAGACAGUGGAUAAACAUGCAUUGUACCGAUAAAUGUAGGCCUUUCGGCCAUAAGAAUAAGAAUAUUCAUACAACACAUUAUAAAAUACAAAAAUGAAAAGUAAAGAGAUGAGUCAAGCCGCAUAGUGCAUUGUCAUGCAUUCCUUGGCUCUUUUACAAUUUAGGAGAAAUGGAUGGUGGGCUUCUCUCUCUAAGCUCACUCAGAAGUUGACUGAAGAAAAGGUGGAGGAAGAACUACUACUACAGAUUGUGAAGGAUCUAAAACUCAUCCUUUCACAUGCCUCCAAGGAGGCCCCCUCUGUACAUUUUGUUCAUGGUGGAGUUGGCUUCUUUUAUAGGCAUACUUUAGGCGGGAAAUUAAUUGUGCUAUGCUGCACAUCCAUCCUUGCUAUGCUGCACAUUUGUCCUUGUACAAAUGUCAGCGCAGAAAGUAGUCGUUCCUUGUCACAUCAUCUCCAAUUACCAUUCUUGUCUUCUAGCGAAACAUCUUGCGUGAUGAUGUACUGGCAUCUUACCUUACGACUCGUCAGGCAACUUCUCGCUGAGUUCAUACGCGCGAUUCUCACUUCAUUUCUUCUUUUCGCCAUUUUGCAUAUAAAACACUUAAAAGCGUAGUUAAUCAGGCAUGAUGACUUAUGUAAGGUGCGUUCUCUUAAUGUUAUAAAUUUGCAGUAAAAGCUAUGCAUUUUGACCAUUUAUCUUGCUUUUUGACUCCGUUGUUUUGCCUAAAAAGCCACAAUAACUUGUAUUUCUACUAGUUAUCAGAUUUUCUUACCACCAAUUGAGAACAAACUCCCUUUCCACCUGCCAAUAAUUUUCUGAACUCUUUCCUUAAGAGGAUUAAAAUAAAUGUGCUUAUUUCAAGAAAAAUGUGAAGGAAUACCCAAUUAUUUGCCCAAAUCUGAAACCACAAGUAUGUCCAAAGCUCCUCUCAAAUCAUCUCUAGUGUAAGGCUCAACAUUAGAACUUAGGAGGAUGGCAGAUUUUGAGAAAUUAACACAUUGACCUGAGGCUUCUUCAUGCUGUCAGUCAAAGGAUCUCCUUAAUAACUCUCCCUCCUCUAAAGCUGUGUGCCAAACAAUAAUCAUCUACAAACCCUAAAAUGUAACACGAUAGGGCAAAAUCUACAUAUUUGGCAUGCAGUGUUCCUCUUGGUUUGUUGAGCAUGCAAAAGUAAAUUGGACAACCUUUUCAUUCACAAAAAGAAGAGAUAAGGAGAUAAUAUAUCACCCUGUCUAAGUCUCCUUUGAGGAUGAAAAAAUCUCAUCGUAGUCCCAUUGAUCUUAACAGAAAAACUCAAAGAUGAAACACAAUCCAUUAUAAACGCAACCCACGACUUAGCAAACACCUAUCCAAAAUACAUUGUAAGUGUUGGUGAUAUAUAAUUAAAUUUACCUUCAACCACCAGCUUAAGCCUUUGGGUGAAAUUGGCAGUUUAAUAUGGUAUCAGAGCCCCUGCAUUGUCGUUUCCUCCCCAAUUAUAAUUAAUUUCCACUUAUUGGCUCUUUCAAAUAUUACAAGCCCACAAGUGAGGGGGAGUGUUGUUUAUAUAUAAUUAAAUUUGCCUUCAACCACCAACUUAAGCUUUUGGGUGAAUUGGCAGUUUAAUAGUAAGAAUACUCAUUCCAACCUGUCAUAUGCUUUGCUCUUAUCGAGCUUACAAUUGUCAACCCCUUCUUUCCAUUAGUCUUGGACAUCGCAUAAUUAAUACAUUUCAUAUCUUACACAUUACCAAAGUCUAGCUAGAAGAAAAGCAAGGUAUCGCGAAUAGAGGAUACUACUUGUACCAAGGAUCAAUCAUCAUAGCCACAAAUAUCAGCUUAUUCAUCUUCUCAAGCGAACCCCAAUACUUAUCGAACUUUGUUUUCAUAUUCAUAGCCGUCAAACUAAGAAUAGAAUUAUUGUUGUUGCUCCAUUUGUUCAAAACAAAUUGAAUUUUGUUAAUUUUCUUAUAACCAACAUUAGAAAUCUCAUAUGAAGAUCCACUUAUUUUUGUAGUGGUUUCAUAAAACCCUUUCAAAAACUUUACCAACACACUUACCGUCAACCAAUCAGACACACUUGGGGGCCUAAAUCUCUUAUUUCCACGAUCAUCUUCCUCAAAAUACUCAAGAAAAUCUGAGUCCUCUUUCUCCUUCUCUAAUUUUGAAAGCUUUUUCAAAUUUAAUUGCAUGUUUAAGCAUUAAAUAUGUAAAAUUCCACCUAGUAGCUACAUCUAAACAAACAAGAGCCUUACACUGGACUUUUUCUUGCUUCACACAUGCUUUAAAUUUUGUCAUUCUCUUAGGUGAUGAUCGUACACAUCUCACAACGUUACGAACACUAGCAAUAGAAUCAUGCAUAUCUUUUAGCCCAUUAUUUACAAUAAGAUUAAUUAUAUAUAUAAGAACAACACCUCAUGUGCAAUAGCUCUCCAUCUAAAACAAUGGUUUUCCAGCUUUUAAGUCUUCUCUUAACACAUGAAAUAGCCACAUCGUUGAAACUUGCAUUAUCAACGGUAAUCGUAAAGAUUUUGUCAGUCUCCCACUCCUACAAACAACUUUCAAUUGCUCUCCUAAUAGUCUCCCCUUUAUGAUUAGCAACUUGACAAAAACUCAAAAUCUUCUUAUGUAAAACCCAUUCAGAAUCAAUGAAAUGUGUCGUGAUGAUCAUGUUUUACAUUUUGUAGUGAAGUCUAAGUGUCCGUAGCAAGACAGUUUUUGAGAGCUUUUAAGUAAACAUGAUUUCAAUUUUUUCUUCUCUUCAAGAUAUAGUUGAUAUAUAUCUCUAGCAAUCGUUACUCUUGAUGGAACGUCAAACCUAGGACACGCAAUACUACAAAAGUGUCUAAAACACUCAGUCUCAACGAAUUUGAAUGACAAUUCAUUCAUAAUUAUCAUCUUAGCACAUGCUAGUUUACAUGCUGGUUGGCUAAAUAAUGUGGUCACAAAAUUACUAGCAUUGGCUCCCUUUCCAUCAUUUGUAGGUAUAAGAGUUAAGGUGGUUUGUCCUUUAUUCUCUUCUUUAUAUGGGUACAUUUUACAUUGAUUUCUUAAAUGCUUACCCAAAGUGGUAGUUCCAUAACUAUUACUAUCACAUGCAUAAUCCUUGCCACAAUAGUUACAUUUACACCUAGCUCCAUUGUUAGCACUCGCUUCCAUUUUUGUGAAGUGAUCCCACACAAAAGAAGUUUGUUUAGUAGGUCUCUUUCUUUUGGACUUGGGAGGUAGAGGUGGUACAUGUUUUGUAGUUUGGCUUGUAUUAGGAGUAGGAGGAGGAUGGGAGGAGGCAUUUCAUUGUUAUCGGUAGCACUCGCAUUCUCACUACUGCUAUCCAUUUAUAAAAUAAAGGAAACCAACAUCUAAUUAAAUUUCCAACACCAACAUUUAACUAAAGUUUAUAAACAAACAUCUAAUUAAACUUCUAACACCAACAUACACCAAUUAAACUUCCAACAUCAACAUACACCUAUUAAACUUUCAACACCAACAUAGACUAAUUAAACUUCCAACACCAUCGUACACCAAUUAAACUUCCAACACCAACAUAAAAUUCAGACCAACUAAAACAUAUACAUAUCUAAUUCCGACACCAACUAAAAUUCAGAUUUCAAACAAUGCAUCAAAUUAUUUGACACAAAAGAAAAUUAACCAUUAAAAUAUUUAACUUACCAUAGAGUUAGAUAAUGGUGGUUCCACCGUAUCCAACACCAUGUCCGUGAUGACGAGUUUUAAAGAAAUCCAAAUAUUUGAGGCAGUAUGGUAUUGAACGUGAUAGACUGCAAAGUGUUUAGAAACGUAUAAUGAGACUUGAUUUAAUUUAUGUUAAAUACAAAAGUAAAGUAGGCUUGCUGGAGUUGCGAAGGAAAUGUCGAAACGAAGUGAGGUCUGCGAAGUUGGGAACAGAUUGCAAAAAUGGGUUGAGUGCAAAAAAUGGGGGGGGGGGGGGGCGGACUUGGAGAAUUGGAACGUGAAAAAUGGGGAGGAACGUGAGGUGAGGUCUGUGUUGGCCGUUGAGGUUGGACGAAUUCUGAAGACGGAAUGUGAGGGUAGGAACACUAAGUGGAUCCAUGCGAAGGAAAUGCCGAAACGAAGUGAGGUCUGCGAAGUUGGGAACGGAUUGCAAAAAUGGGUUGAGUGCAAAAAAGGGGGGGGGGGGGUAGACUCGGAGAAUUGGAACGUAAAAAAAUGGGGAGGAACGUGAGGUGAGGUCUGUGUUGGCCGUUGAGGUUGGACGAAUUCUGAAGACGGAAAGUGAGUCGUCGGAAUGUGAGGGCAGGAACACUAAGUGGAUCCAUGCGAAGAAAAUGCCGAAACGGAGUGAGGUCUGUGAAGUUGGGAACGGAUUGCAAAAAUGGGUUGAGUGCAAAAAGGGGGGGGGGGGGCAGACUCGGAGAAUUGGAACGUGAAAAAUGGGGAGGAACGUGAGGUGAGGUCUGUGUUGGCCGUUGAGGUUGGACGAAUUCUGAAGACGGAAAGUGAGUCGCCGGAAUGUGAGGGCAGGAACACUUAGUGAGAAUGUGAGGUCGCCACCCCACCGAUUUCCCAUCUUUUUCUCUAAUUUUAGUUAACUGAGUCACAUCUAAAAUUGCCUGCACAUGCAUGAACGGGCCAGUCCAACCACUUUGAUCGUCAUAGUUGAUUCCAACCACUUUGACAAUGGAAGUCACCUAAACCUUAGCCAUUGCCAGACCUACAAUCUAAGGGAAUGCUAUUUAUUUGAAUCCAGAACCUGGCCUUGAAAACCGUCAUAAUUAGAGCUUUGCAAAAGACCAUGGCCUGUAUUCGUAAUCCUUGUCUUCUCCCCUGUAUGUUUAAAAUGAAUAAGAAACAUGUUCUUCCUGGCCACAGCAAUCCUAGUAUCCUGAUGCACACACCAAACAGAUUUCAUAAGAGACCGGAAAGCUUCGAUAUUGUCCCUCCUAGUUAUAAGAACUUUCACCACACAACAUAGUGCAAUAUUCUGUUGAGAUAACAGAACAUUGUUAUCUUCUGCCUCAAAGUCCACAUUCUCCCCUUCAUUGAGAGAUAAUCUUUUCCACAUAUCACUUGACUCCUCGAUAGCAGACCAAAGAAAAGACAAAAAGCUUAUGCUAAAAAUAGUGAACAAAGACUUGGUAAGAGCGCUGAAAAAAGAUAUGAACUUGGUCUUAAAGGCCACAUAACACAGGACAAAAGGGGAUGGUAAUACCAUGCAUGAGGAGCUUCUUUUGGACAAGAUUUAUUAUUGAUGAGAUGAACUAUACGAUGCUUUGCCUAUUCUACACAGUGAAUAUCAAUUAGUUUUCUUUCUCUUAACUUCCUCAACUUCAUGCUUGUAAAAGGGUUCAAAGACUAUUAACCGGGCUUAAAAAUCAGCCAACAUUUUGUUGAAACGCGGCAGAACUUUUGGAUGCUUACAAAUUUGUUUUAUGAUAGAUAUAGUACCACGAGGAAUGAUUGUUAAAGAUUUUCUUUAUACCAUGGCAUUGUGAAAUCAUGGCUUAUCUGCCUCAAAUCUCUUUAAUAAUUUCUAAAUAAGCCAGUAGUUUCUUGUUUUCAAAUGCAUAAAAUAGUUCAUUGGUUCAGUUUUCUGUAUCAGAGAGCCUGUGUUUUGACUUUUGAAACAUUCGGAUUUAUUUAUUUAUUAUUACUUUUGAAGUGUGGAUAUGAUUAAAUUUAACAUUACCCGUGUACUUUUGGGUUGAUUGGUUUUUAACACGAUUCUGAGCAUGAGGUGUUGUGCUCAAACCCUUAUAAAAUCAUAUUCUCUUCAAUUACUAUUGAUUUUUACUUGUUCACAUUUUACAAAUUUCUGAUCCUAUAAAUGAAGAAAAAUGUUGAAGUAUUGAUAUAAUUAAAAUUUUCGUAACCUAUCAGCUAAAGUUUUUGGGUUGAUAGUGAUUUUCACCUCUUUUAUAUUUGUAAUACAUGUUCUUUUUUGACGUGUUUAUUUCUUUUGAUGCCA